AUGAUGUCACUACUUCCGCGUCCUAUAAGGAGAAUGUCAUUGCCAGUAAUCUUCUGUAUUACUAUGAUCAUAGCGUUUCUUACAAUAAUGGCAUCGUCAAAUGGCAGGAAAAUAAAAGAGUUUGUCGAAAGAAAUGUAGUACCAUUGGAACCGCUUAUUAUCGUCAUCACACCCACCUACAAACGUCCUACACGAUUGGCAGAUAUGACGAGAUUCGCCAAUACUCUCCGACUUGUCCCUCACGUCCACUGGAUCGUCAUUGAGGACGGUGCUCAAACGGUGCCAUUUGUAGAAAAUUUACUACGACGUUCCACUCAUAAUUACACUUACAUGGCUAUAGAAACUCCUUCAGGGUAUCCAAAACGUGGAUGGUAUCAACGAACAAGCGCACUAUGGCUGUUACGGAACGAUACAGAUUCCAUACUCGGAGAUCACAAAGAGGGCGUGGUCUAUUUUGGAGAUGACGACAAUUCGUACGAUACGAGACUAUUCACUGACUACAUAAGACAUGUGAAAAAGCUGGGGAUGUGGGCUGUAGGCCUAGCUGGAGGCAGCCCUGUUGAGUCUCCAGAGGUAGUGAAUGGCACUGUGGUCGGCUACAAAGUUCGAUGGGGUCCUAGACGGAAAUUUGCCGUUGAUAUGGCAGGAUUCGCCAUUGGUCUCGAUGUUGUACUUAAUACUACCGCUGUGUUCGGAAAAACAUGUGUGAGAGGAUUUGGAGCGCCCGAACCAUGCCUUCUGGAAGAUAUGGGAUUCACUCAAGAGGAUAUAGAACCGUUUGGAUUUGAUCAAGAAGUGCCUCGUGAAUUGUAUGUGUGGCAUACACAAACCAAACAGGGAUCUUAUGCUGUGAACGAAACCAUACUAAAUUCAUUCUAUUUUGAAGCCAAGAAAUCCUAG